GAAAGCAAAGGGGCGUGACUGGGCGUGGCGAAGGGGCGUGACUGGGCAUGGCGAAGGGGCGUGGCCUGCCCACGGCUGGAAACAGAGUUCAAAGAAGGAAGGCUCCCGGAAGAUGCGGGCAGGUUGGAAUAUUUUCGCGACUACAAAUGGCAUUUGUCGGGGGUGCAAAAAUGGAGUGGAUCUGCCAGCGCUGUCACAGAGAAUCUAUUAGUCAGCCGUUCUUCCGUCCAGGAUUAUUAGUAAUUUGCUUGGUGGUGGUAUUUACCAUGGUGAUGUACCCUGCCCUGAGGACUCUGGGAUUUCAGUUGCACUCAGCACUGACAGGCAGUUAUAUACCAGGCCAUCAUUCCAUUCUACUUAUCAAUUGUCCCAACGAGCAAAUCGCCAGAGGCAUUGGCAGGAUCUUAAUGGAGGGGAAACUGGCUGCCUCGAUCAACAUUUUCCCCGAAAGCUCCAUCAUGUACUACUGGAAGGGUGAAAUCCAGGAUGCCACAGAAAUCCUUUUGCUGGCGCAGACUCGCACUUCCAAGGUGCAGAAGCUUAUAGAGAAAGUUAAAUCAGUUCACCCAUAUGAUAUUCCUCAGAUUCUGAGCUUCCCAGUGGAAUAUGGGAGUCUGCCAUACCUGAAAUGGAUCGAUGAAGCUGUUCCUGCGGACUGAUUUCAUAAUAUACUUUAGGGCUCCAAUUCUGUCAAUGUGCAAGAUGAAGGGAGCACUUACGGGAAGGCUUUCAUAGGAAGGUGGAUUGACCAGUUUACAAUUCUGAUUAUGAAUAAAGAUGAUUAAAUAGCUUUUUGA